UGGAGACCCUCUGUCUCUCUUUUAUACGUGCCCAAACCAAUCCCAUUUUGCUGGACUGUGGCCACCCCUUCUCUCUGCUCCUGGCCAGGUGAGGGAGCGAGCUGACAUUGAAUAUGGGUGUAAAUCGACCUUGGGGUCCCUGUGGGUUGCUACAGGGGAUUCGUGGAGUGCAGCUGGUGGAUCAGUCAACGUAUGGAAGAGAAGAUUCACUUCGUUGUGGGGAGUUGGACUUCUCGACCUGCGAAGGGCCCGAGAUUGUUGGAUCAAGCCGACGAUUGGUAAUUCGAAGAAUAUGGCAGCAGAGACCAUCAUGCUUGAGGCCGAUUCACUGUAGCCUUCAUGUAGGUGAUCAGAACAUUGCUGAAACCAUUGCCAAUGUAAUCACUUCAUUGCCUUUCAUUGUUCUCGGACUUCAGGCUCCAAGGAAGAACCUGAAUGCUGCAUUAUAUGCUAAUUCUUUGAUCGGUGUGGGUAUUGCUUCAAGUCUGUACCAUUCUUCAAGAGGACAAGCCAGAAGGUUUCUAAGAUGGGCAGACUAUACAAUGAUAGCUACAACUACAGUUUGUUUGUCUCGAGCAGUCAGAAAUGAAAAUCCAAGACUGCUGAUGGUGGCAUCUACAAUACUCUUGCCAUUUCAGCCUUUCAUGGUUUCAGCUAUGCACACUGGGUUGAUGGAGGUGGCAUUUGCCAGAAGGGCAUUGAUAAAACCAGAGUUGAGGAUGGCACAUAACCUGCACACCUUAUCUUCUCUACUGGGAGGGGCACUUUUUGUAGCUGAUGAUUUCUUCCCAGAAACUCCUUACAUCCAUGCUGCUUGGCACCUUGCUGCAGCAGUUGGUGUGGGGACAUGCAAUAAGCUUCUCGAAUGAUAUCCAUGGCAACCCUGCAAGCAAUUCUUUCUCUAUAUGAGCAGAAUCUGAUUAUGCUCGAUCUGAAUACCUUUGGAGAAAGCAAUUUCAAGCAUGUUUACUUCUCUAAGACUGCUUCUUCCUGGGAUUAUGUCAUUCUAUUCAAUCUGAGCUUGUCACCGCGAAGCUCAAAACGAUUGCUGACAUCCAACCACGUCAACUUGUGAGGUGCUGCUCUCCAUGCAUAUGCAUAUUGUUUUCCAGUCUUUAACUCGACAGAAUAAAAAGAAAAGAAUGGCCAUCGAUUAGAUGGAGAAUAACAGGAACAAUGUUAGUUUAAGAUAUCAUUGAUUAUUUCCAGGUUGUGACGA